GUCACUGAAAGGUUACUUCCGGGAUUUUGAGGCGGCUCGUGUUGCUGUUACAAGGAAGCAGAGUUAUUGACUAUUGUUGUUUUUCUUUUUUUUAUUUAAAGAGUUAAAAUGAACCGCAUUUUCGGCAAAGGAAAACCUAAAGCACCCCCUCCCAACCUUACCGACUGUAUAGGAAAUGUUGACUCCCGGGCCGAGUCCAUUGAUAAGAAGAUAUCCAGACUUGAUGCUGAAUUGAUGAAAUAUAAAGAUCAGAUAAAGAAGAUGAGAGAUGGGCCAUCAAAGAACAUGGUAAAGCAGAAGGCCAUGCGGGUUCUUAAACAGAAAAGAAUGUAUGAAGGCCAAAGAGAUCAACUGAUGCAGCAGUCGUUUAACAUGGAGCAGGCAAACUACACUAUUCAGUCACUUAAAGACACCAAAACAACCGUGGAUGCUAUGAAGAUUGGAGCCAAAGAAAUGAAGAAGGCUUACAAGAAUGUAAAAAUCGAUCAUAUUGAGGAUCUUCAAGACCAGUUGGAGGACAUGAUGGAGGAUGCAAACGAAGUACAGGAGGCUCUGAGCCGUAGCUAUGGAACGCCAGAUAUUGAUGAAGAUGAUCUGGAAGCCGAGCUGGAUGCACUUGGUGACGAGUUGCUUUUGGAUGAUGACAGCUCUUACCUUGACGAAGCUUCCACAGCUCCAGCUAUACCAGAAGGCACUCCGGGAGACAGGAGCACAAACCGGGAUGGAGUUCUGGUCGAUGAAUUCGGACUUCCUCAGAUUCCAGCAUCAUAAAAACACUAACUUGUUAUAUCUCACUUACACUUGCGCAUCAUGCAUCACACUUAUGCAUCUGACAUAUAAAAGGCUGCGAUCCUUGCAUUUACAGUUUUAUAUGAAGCAGCUUCUUAUAAGAUGAAGUACCCUGGGGUUAAAGAUUUAAAAAAGUAUUGACGAUAGUAAACACAGCCAGUCUUUAUCUCUCUCUCCCUGCUUAUUUUCUUGUUUCCUAAGGAAUGUGAUCACUUUAACUAAUUGGCAGGAAUAAUCAUAAAGGUCUGUAGUCUAAUAAUAAUUAGUUAGAUUUACUUUUUAUCAUCGUAUACCAUUCUUUGUAUUAUCUUUCUAUAGAAAGUACCUCUGACUUGUACAGCAACAAUGGGUUUUCAAAUACCAAUAAAUAAAUUAUUCUAUAUUUGGCAA